AUGGCUGACUCAAGACGGAAUCCUAAGCGGAAGGCAACCGAAACUGCUGCCGCCGCGACCACCGCCGCCGCCGCUCAGGAGGCGAGGGAUUAUCAGAUGCUACUCCGUGAAGCUCUAGCACCUAUAACCAAGGAUGAGCUUCAGGAGUGGGAAGGUUGGUGUGAGGUAGAAUCUGAACCGGCCUUCUUCAAUGCUAUGCUCCGAGAGAUGGGCGUCAAGGACGUGAAGGUUCAGGAGGUUUUCUCAGUCGACGAAGAUUAUGUUGCGACUCUUCCUCAGCCCGUUUACGGUUUCAUUUUUCUCUAUCAGUACUUUUCGGAGAACUAUGAGGACGAUGAGGUUGUUGACAGCCGAGAUCUUUGGUUCGCGAACCAGACUACAGACAACGCCUGCGCAACCGUCGCCAUGACGAAUAUCCUCAUGAACUGUAAGGAUGUCGAUCUCGGUACGAAUCUGCAAGUGUUCAAGAAUUCCACAAGCAACCUCAGUACUCCACUCCGCGGUCAUGCCUUGGGCUCAAACACAUUCAUCCGCUCCGUCCACAAUUCCUUCACUAGAAGAAUGGACCAUCUGAACGCGGAUCUCUUCCUUGAGACUGAAGCCGCCGAUGCAAAGAAAAUGAAACGCAGGGGACCUUCCAAGAAGACCAAGAGGACCAAGAAGCAGAAGAUGGACUCAGAGUCGGGUUACCACUUCAUCGCCUAUGUACCAGCUAAUGGCUCGGUAUGGGAGUUGGAUGGCCUCAAGACAAGGCCCGUCUGUUUAGGGCCCCUCGAAGACGGCGCCCACUGGGCAAACCUCGUCCGCCCCGAGAUUCAGGCACGCAUGCUCCAAUUUGAAGAGAGCGCCCUGUCAUUCAACCUGCUUGCGCUGUGCAAGAGCCCCCUGACCAUCAUUUCUGGAAUCCUUGCGCGCACAAUCAACGCGUUUGAGCUCCUUAACAACCGCACAAAAACGCUCGACGGCUGGCAAAGUCUCGUGGCCGGGAACGAGCAACCGCUAAAAGGUGACGAAACAGAGCGCCUCGCUGGUUUCGGCAUUGAAAAAUCAACCUUGGAAAAGACUGAAGUCGAUCCAGCAUUCGAGAAGAAGGUUACCAAUCCCUCCAUGGAGGCUAUGGAGCUCUUUGAACUCUAUAGCGACCUGGUGACACAGCAGAAAUCCUUGAUGGGAGAGUACAACGCUGAGAUCGCCUUCGUGAAGGAAGACGAGGAUCGCGUACAGGGACGCCAGAAAGACCACUCCCCUGCCAUCAACUGUUGGGUGCAGAAGCUGGCAGAGCACGGUGUCCUUGCCGAUUGGGCUACCGAUUCGUAG